UCUCUCUCUCUCUCUCUUAUCUCUUUCAGUAUCAUGUUAUAGUCUCAAAAGGUAAUACAGUCGAUAUUUUCUGUUGUGUUGCAGCCAUUGUUAUUGAAAUUUCUCUGAUCUAGUAAUGCACUCUUUACAUUAGAAGUUGCUUUUUCUCUCAGACUACAUUACUUUCUCUCUCUUAUCUCUUUUAGUAUUAUGUUAUAUUGCGGAAUGUAACUCUGCUGUAACUGAGAAUCACUUAUAUUAAUUCACUGUUAGAAACUAAUUAUUGAUGAUCUCAUCAACCAAUUUUGUUGGUUCAGCAUAGAGAUUUAUCAUAUUUACAAAUAUUUUUCUGAAAGGGCAUGGAGGAGUUGAUUGCAGGGAAAUAACUUGAAAAUUGUUUUAAAGAAAAAUUAAGAUAAUAAUAUAUGAAUGCUUCAGCUUAUUGGUGUGCUACCGAUCUUGAACUAUCGACUUGAAUCCCGCAACUCCUUUUUUUUUUUGUUCAGAUCUUUGAAAAGUCUUAUCUUUGCUAGACUUGAAAUGGUUGCUGGGAAAUAUCAAGAAUCCUACUCUUCACGGUUUUCUUAUUGUAAAUAUCAAGUGUUCUUGAGUUUUAGAGGUGAAGACACCCGCAAGAACUUUACCGAUCACCUCUACAAGGCCCUGGUUCAUGCAGGGUUUCACACAUUUAGAGAUGAUGAUGAAAUUCGGAGAGGAAAGAAUAUACAGCUGGAGCUCCAGAAGGCAAUACAACAAUCAAAAAUAGCGACAAUCGUGUUCUCCAAAAACUAUGCUUGGUCGAGAUGGUGCCUCGAUGAACUUGUAAAGAUCAUGGAACGUAAGAGGAAUGGUGACUGCAUAGUUUUCCCAGUAUUCUAUCAUGUGGAUCCAUCUGAAGUCAGAAAUCAAACUGGGAGCUUCGCUGCAGCAUUUGUGGAACAUGAAAAGCACUACAAGGAGGAGAUGGAGCGGGUGAAUGGGUGGAGGAUUGCUUUGAAGGAAGUUGCAAAUUUAGCUGGAAUGGAUUUAGGAGAUGGGUAUGAGGCACAGUUUGUCCAAUCUAUUGUGGAGAAUGUCUCAAAGAAUUUGGAUCCAAAAAUAUUUUAUGUCCCCUUUCAUUUCAUUGGAAGAGAUCCUCUGGUAAAAUAUAUCAACUCAUGGUUGCAAGAUGGAUCCCAUGGUGCUGCCAUUUCUUUACUCUAUGGAAUUGGUGGAGUUGGAAAGACAGCCAUAGCUAAGAGUGUUUUUAACCAGAACUUUUAUAAAUUUGAAGGAAAGAGCUUUCUAUCAAAUUUUAGGUCAAAGGAUAUAGUUUGCCUACAGAGGCAACUUCUUUUCGACAUCCUAAACAAGACUGUUGAGAUAAAUGAUGAAGAUGAAGGAAUUCUGAAGAUUAAGGAUGCAUUAUGUUGCAGAAGAACUCUUAUUGUUCUAGAUGAUGUGGACAAAAGGGACCAAUUCAAUAACAUCAUUGGCAUGCAAAAUUGGCUUUGUAGAGGAAGUAAAAUCAUUGUAACAACCAGAAAUAAGAGUCUGUUUUCGGCUAAUGAUAUUGAGUGGGUCCGGUGCAAAAUUGAACCGCUAGAUGAUGAAAAAUCAAUUGAGCUUUUCAGUUGGAAUGCCUUUGGACAAGCUAACCCUGUUGAUGGUUUUGUGGAAGACUCGUGGAGAAUAGUACAUCAUUGUAAUGGACUUCCAUUAGCUCUUGGAGUUAUUGGCUCUUCAUUGUCCGGAAAAGGAAGAGAAAUAUGGGAAAGCGCAUUAAAACAAAUGGAAAUGAUUCCUAAUUUUGAUGUUCAAAAGGUUCUUCAAAUAAGUUACGACUUUCUUGAUGGUGAUUAUCCGAAGAACUUAUUCCUUGAUAUCGCAUGUUUCUUCAAUGGAAUGGAUGUGGAUGAUGCAGUUAGGAUACUGGAUGGGCUCGAUAAAGGUGCAAGAUUUGGGAUUGACAAUCUCAUCGAUAGAUGUCUUGUUGAAAUCAACAGUGAUCAAAGGUUGUGGAUGCAUCAACUAGUACGAGAUAUGGGUAGGGAAAUUGCUCGUCAAGAAUCACCCAAUUGUCAAAGAAUAUGGCAUCAUGGGGACGCUUUUACAGUAUUGAAAGGAACUACUGAUGCUGAAAAAUUGCGUGGCCUUACCAUUGAUAUGCAUACAUUAAUGGAAGAUCAUUAUGCAGAAGUUGUCUGUACUGAUUCAAUGGUUUGUCGCAAACGCCGCAGGCUUAACUUCUUUCAACAAUGGCUUUCCGAUUUUUCUGAUGGGGAAAAAUUACAAACUGGCCAAACAAGUUUGUUUCCCAUCCUCAGCACGGAUGCUUUUAAAAAGAUGCCAGAUGUAAAAUUUCUCCAACUAAACUACACUAAUUUUCAUGGAAGUUUUGAGCACUUUCCCAAGAAUUUGAUAUGGUUAUGUUGGCAUCGAUUGUCUUGGAGCUCCAUACCAAAUCACAUAUGCUUGGAGAAGCUGGUGGUUCUUGAUCUAUCCAGAAGCUGUUUAGUUGAUGCUUGGAAGGGCAAACCGUUUCUUCCAAAAUUGAAAAUUCUUGAUCUUCGUCACUCUUGUAAUCUAAUUAGAACCCCAGACUUCUCGGGUCUCCCAGCCCUUGAAAAGCUAAUACUUGAAGACUGCAUCAGUUUGGUUCAAAUUCACGAAUCUAUUGGUGAUUUUAAAAGAUUGUUGAUCUUAAAUCUAAGAAAUUGUACAAGUCUUAUGGAGCUUCCAGAAGAAAUGAGUAGAUUGAAUUCACUUCAAGAGCUGGUUUUAGAUGGUUGCUCAAAUCUUAACAGCCUGAAUAUGGAGUUAGAGCAUCAUCAGGGGCGCAAGUUGCUUCAAAGUGAUGGAAUUGUUGCAAGUACAUCAUUCAUUUCAUCUCUUCCAUUGAAGCUAUUCUUUCCCUCUAGGUUUUCAACGAGGAAAAUGUUGAGAACUACCUCGUUUUCACUGCCACGCUUCUUGAAGAGUCUAGAUUUAAGUGGAACUCCAAUUUGUUUUCUUCCAGAAAGCAUCAAGGAUCUUGGUCUACUCAGACACCUAUACUUAAAAAAUUGCAAAAUGCUUCAGGCACUCCCAGAGCUUCCAUCCCAUUUAGAUUCGUUAGAUGUGUCCUUUUGCUAUUCACUGCAAAGACUUGCAAAUCCAAACAGUUGGACUGAAGGAGAUGGUUGUGAUCACUUAGUCGAGUUCCAAGAUCGGAUGAAGCAAGAAUUAAUCCAGAAGUUUGACUCUCACGUGUUCAGAAUAAUGGAAACGGUUAGUGCUCAAAUACAGCCAUCGAGAUUUCAGGUAUUAUUUAUGGAUGGCAUGUUCAAAGUUGUCGUAUUUGUAUUUGAUGAAGAUGAGAUGGUAAGGGGGUUUUAUGAGGAGGAAGAGGAGGAUAAAUGGCUAAUUAAGAAUGAGUUUGUAGAUAACUUUUCAUUCAAAAUAUCCUCACCUGGGACGCACCAGAUAUGUGGCUUUAAUCUGUUCGUAAGUUGUGUGACGUCAGCAUCGUCAGCAUACCGUGGCUUUAUUAAUGUUUAUAUUGAAAUCAGAAACAAUACCAGUGGUCGAUCCUUGCUUUGUCCAGUCUUUGUCUUCCAUAUGAGGUACGCGUGUGGUGUUCGUGAAAUGCAAUCGCUAAUGCACAGGAAAUUAGGGGGCAAUGAUCCUACAUUUGAUAAUGGUGAUGACGUGAGUAUUUCAGUGCGUCCACAUGGUCCACCUAUUCAAGUAAGGACGAUUGGUAUACAAUGGUUGCAUGAUCCAGCUAUACAAACAAGGACGAUUGGUGUACAGUGGUUGCAUGAAGAGGAAGGAAAGGAUGAUGAUGAUAUCCAAUCAAAGGAUGAAGUUAUCAAUGCCCGCAACAGUAGCGAUGAUGAUGAUGAUGAUGAUGCAGCGCACGUAGCCAAAGUAGAAAUAGCUUCUCAUCUUCUUAGAAAUUAUUAUUGUGCUUUCCAUGGUAAACUCAAUGAUGGCAAUAUCGAUUGGUGGUAUUUUGCAAAGAAAGGUCUAGAAACUGUAUCAUUAAGUAGAAAUAGCUUUUGAAAUAGUUUUUUCUUUUUUCUUUUUUCAUGAAAUAGUAAUCUACCUCCUUUCUUUGUCUAGCAUGAGAUCUUUUAUUUAUAAAUAUUUACAAGGGCUUUCAUAUUAAAAAAUGUAAUAUGAUAUUAUUUUUUUAAUUAGUAUUUAUAAUAAGACAUCAAAUAUCUUAUUUUA